UUGGUAAAGGCAAGACUGGCAUCAGUGUCUGGUUUGUAAUGGUUUGGUUCCAAGGGGCUCCUCCAGAUGAGCUGUCUUUUGGACAGGUGGCUUAAGUCCUGAGCGCAACGAGACCUCUGGGUUACUUCUCUGCUUGUAUGUCUCAGUGAGGAUGGAAAGCUACUACAUGUAUUCGGAUUUGAACUUCUGCAGUUGCGUCUGACGUUUGGAUAAAACGAGCAAUCAAAAGAUGAACAACACUGUUGUGAAGAGGUCAAAUCAACAAAAUAUUUUGGAGGAGCGCAGGAGAAAUGGUGUGGACUGUCUGGUAACAGAUAGACAGCAUACAGACUUACAUCCAUGCCAAGAGGCAAUAGAAGACAACCCUGUUGUUAAAUAUAGCAGGUAUGGGUCUUGUCUGGGCGGGGUCAAAGUUUGCCACAAGCGCCAGGCGCUUCAGGACAUGGCAAGGCCUCUUAAGCAGUGGCUGUACAAACACAAGGACAACCCCUACCCCACCAAGACAGAGAAGGUCCUGCUUGCCCUGGGGUCCCGCAUGACUUUAGUACAGGUCUCAAACUGGUUUGCCAAUGCCCGGCGGAGGUUGAAGAACACAGUGAGUCAGCCAGACUUGAGUUGGGCUCUACGGAUCAAACUCUACAAUAAAUACAUCCAGGGCAACGCUGAGAGAAUGAGUGUCAGCAGUGAAGACACCAACUCUGAGGAUGAUGAGUGUCACUUACAAACUCCAGCUAGCCAAUCAGAGCUCUCCAGGCCCUCACUUAAGAGUGCCAUCAAACAGGAGAACGGGACUGAUCCUGCCUUCAGUGACGACUAUGUCUCUCCACCCCCCAAGUACAAGAGCAGCUUGCUGAACCGGUACCUUAACGACACCCUACGACACGUGAUGGCAACCCCUGAUGACGUCACAAAGUCCCACCUGAGGAACCACUCAGGGUCGUUCAGCUCCAACGAGUGUGACGACGACCUCGUCUCGCCUUCUUCCUCUGAGGCAGAGGCAAACUCUCUCUACCAUAUGGACACAGUGAACUAUGCAUCAACUAGAUGUGACAGUGAGGGAAAAAGUGAGAGAGGCCAGAGGAGGGAGGAGGCAGAGUGGCGAGAGAUCCAUGCUGCCAUGGCUCUGACUAAACUGGCCCAGGGGCAGUGCUGCACCACAGGGACUACCACCACCAGCUGCAUCAUCCAAAAGUCCUCCCACAUCUCAGAAAUAAAGACUGUCAAAGUGUCCCUGCCAAACAAUGUCUAGAUCACUCCAAGGUGAAGUUUCUCUUGAUCUAGGCUUCCCCUCCGCCAAUCAUAACCUUAACCAUUAGUGGGGAAAACGCAAAACUGACCCAAGAUCAGCGUCUAGGGACAACUUUACCCUUCACCGUCUGGACCAGGGCCACUCUGGUCCCUUGAAUUACAUAUCAUUUAUAUAAGAAGUGUUUACACCCUAAUGUUAAAUGGUAGUAAGUAAAAAAAUAAAAUACUAAGAUGGAAUCGAUUUAACACUUAACACCAAUGUAGAGUGAAGGCAAUAAUAAUCACUGUUGGCCAACUUUACAGAGUUACAUAAACUCUGUGAAAAUGUUAAAAGUGCACUAUGCCAUUUUCUGGUUGUUAACAUUCUAAUACUUCACCUAAUUUCAGUUUGUGACAAAACAAGCAAUUAUAGUGUAUUGAAUCAUUGUACCAACUAAACCGCUGUGAAAUAUAUUUUCCAUAUCCAAAAAGAUUGUAUUUUCAGAUGUUUGAAGUUUGUACAAAACUGAAAGUAAAAGAUGCAAAAGCUAAACUUAACCGGAAGCAUAGAAAUAGUGCAUAUACAACAGAUAUACUGCUUCUUAGACUUGCUUUCAAUGAAAUUACAGAUACAGUAACUCCCAUUUUUAUGUGAAUUAGGUUGAGUCGCCCCAAAAGUUACAUAUUGCAGUUUUAAAAAGCUUACACUUUCGAAGGUAUAAACAUGUAUUGUGGGGCAAUAGACAGUGUUAAUUUUAAUAAUUUUAGAGUCGAUUUACCACUUUCGAUAUUGUUGUGAAAGAAAAAUCUGAAAGGACAAAUGGUUACCAUGAUGUAAAUGUAAAUAUUAAAUCAAUAGUGCUGUAGCAUUAAUGCAUAAUAAUGUGCUAUUGAAAUCAUGAAAGAAUAUAGCAGCACAUUUCAGAGUAAAAACUGAACUGAGGAUUUUAUAACACUAAAUACCCGUUUUGGAAACCUAUCCUUUGGUAGUCUCACCUCAUGGUCUGGGUAACACUGUUUUGCUUAGUUUCUCGCAGUAAACAAUGUCCAAGUAACCAGAUAGCUUUAAAUCUGAUUAAAAGUGCAGUAGACACAGUGUUGAUUCUUGUUUCUUUAGAAUGCUGCUGGCUAGGGAUUAUUCCUCCAGAAACCAGAAACCUUCAAGAUAACCUACAUGAAGCCUACAAGAAAACAUAUAUUUAACCUGCCAAAAAGAUCAUAGUUCUUUCCAUUAACCACGCUAUGCCUAACAGUAUUCCUCUGAGUCAGUAUUUCUAUCAGCUGGUAGAUGGUGAAAUUUUUUGGGUCAAUGUGUGUAUUUUUCUAUUGUAAACAUGAUAUUUGUUUGAUUACAUGAGAACUAUAUUUUUCACUAUAUACUGUUUAUACUGUAUAACCAUUUACUAUUUUUCUCAAUGACUUAAUUUAUAUUAACUUUAGGAGACUGGAUUUGUAUCCGAGGCAAAAUUAUUAUCACAACGUAGAGGUGGAAAUACUUUGAAUGAACUGCAGCUAUUUGAAUAAAUACUUAACUUAA